GGAGACCGUGUCGCAAUAAAUGUGAUAAAAGGAUGCAUCUUCGACUUCAUGGGUUUUAAAAGUUGACCGAAAGAGCUUUAAGACUAGCAAUAAUUGGAGAUUUCAGAGUACUAUAAAUAUACAUAUACAAGGAAACCAAGAAAUUCAAGUGAUUAUAUAGUGAAUUGACACGUUAUUAACCCAGCCAUGAGUUCUGACGGUGGUGCCUCGGAGGUCCCAGUGGAAGAGGAGGGACUUUUCUCAGUCCUGGACUUCUUUAUUCUAUCUGUACUGGCUGGCAUGGCUGCAUACUGGUUUUUCUUCAAGAACAAGAAACAAGAACAGCCAACCUUUAAAAAGCUGACCGUACAACCAGUUCAAGGAAGAAUGAAUGAUCCUAGCUUCAUCAACAAAAUGAAAUCUUCAGGUAGGAAUGUUAUUGUGUUUUAUGGUUCACAAACUGGCACAGCAGAAGAGUUUGCAGGUCGCUUGGCAAAAGAUGCCCAGGGAUAUGGCAUGAAGGGCAUGGUGGCAGAUCCAGAGGAGUGUGAAAUGGACAACCUUAGUAGUCUACCAGAGAUAGAGAAUUCCUUAGCUAUAUUUUGUAUGGCUACCUAUGGAGAGGGAGACCCCACAGAUAAUGCUCAGGAAUUCUACAACUGGCUACAGAAUGGGGAAUCCGAUCUAACAGGGGUCAAAUUUGCUGUGUUUGGAUUAGGAAAUAAGACAUAUGAACAUUACAAUGCUAUGGGGAUAUAUGUAGACAAAAGAUUAGAAGAGCUUGGAGCUGAGAGGAUCUAUGAUUUAGGACUGGGAGAUGAUGAUGCCAAUAUUGAAGAAGAUUUUAUAACAUGGAGGGAGAAGUUUUGGCCAGCUGUGUGUGAACACUUUGGUGUUCAGCCAACUGGGGAUCAAGUCAGUAUACGUCAGUAUAGCCUUACUGUUCAUGAUGAUCUUUCUAUAGAGAAAUGCUACAAGGGAGAAAUUGCCAGAUUAGGAUCAUUUGGAAAUCAGAAACCACCAUAUGAUGCUAAGAACCCAUUUUUGGCUCCUGUGAAUGUGAACAGAGAACUUCACAAAGGAGGAGACAGAUCCUGUAUGCAUAUUGAGUUUGACAUCACAGGGUCAAAGAUCAGAUAUGAGGCUGGAGAUCAUGUCGCUGUGUAUCCUGUCAAUGAUCCAGAGCUAGUGGAACUUAUAGGAAAGACCUUAAAUGUGGAUCUAGAUCAAAUGUUCACCCUCACAAAUGUUGAUGAGGAGGCCAGUAAGAAAUUCCCUUUCCCGUGCCCCACCACAUACCGCACUGCCCUCUCCCACUACCUUGAUAUCACAGGAACACCAAGGACACACAUUCUACGAGAACUGGCAGAAUAUGCACAAGACCAGAAAGAUAAAGAUUUCCUGUUGAAACUGACGUCUUCUACUCCAGAGGGCAAGACAUUGUACAGUGAUUGGGUUGUAAAGGACAGGAGAAACAUCACUGCCAUAUUGGAGGACCUCCCCUCAGUCAAACCUCCCAUAGACCAUAUCUGUGAACUGUUACCUAGGUUACAGGCUAGAUACUAUUCCAUUUCUUCAUCUCCAAAGGUCAAUUCUACCAGUAUUCAUAUAACAGCCGUUGUAGUCAAAUAUAAAACCAAGACAAAUCGGACUAUGAAAGGAGUUGCUACAAACUGGCUGACCCUAAAGAGGCCGACCAAUGGCAUUAAACCUACUGUUCCCAUCUACGUCAGAAAAUCUCAGUUCCGUCUGCCUUUCAAGGCCAACACUCCUGUCAUAAUGAUUGGACCUGGCACAGGGUUAGCUCCCUUUAGGGGUUUUAUUCAAGAGAGGAACUUCCUAAGGAAAGAGGGUAAGCCUGUGGGAGACACAGUGUUGUACUUUGGUUGUCGUCACAAGACAGAGGAUUAUUUAUAUGAGGAGGAGCUGGAAGAAUACACAAACGAUGGCACCCUAACCAAAGUGCAUCUCGCCUUCUCCCGGGAUGGGCCAGAGAAGGUGUAUGUACAACAUCUCCUCAGGCAGAAUAUGGAGGAAACUUGGAAGAUGUUAGAGAAGGGUGGUCAUAUAUAUGUGUGUGGUGAUGCUCGCAACAUGGCAAGAGAUGUACAUGAAACAUUAGAGAAAAUUAUCAUGGAAUGUGGCAACAUGGAGAAAGAAAAGGCAACCAAUUAUGUAAAACAGAUGCAGAACAAGGGACGCUACUCUUGUGAUGUGUGGAGCUGAAGAUGGUCAUCCAUUAUUCAACAGAUCUGUUUGGAGUGGCUGACAAAGUAUGAAGGACAUCAGUGAUAAAGGACAUAUUUUAUACCAGAGAAGAUUGAUUGUGUUUUUAAAGAUAAAAGGUUUUAUUUUGAAAUCUUUAGUAUGAAGUAGUUGACAUAGUGUGUGUAUUUUUUGAGUAUUUGAUAGAAUAAUGUUUACACUGUUCAUAUAAAUAAUGCAAUUUUUGAAGAAUUAUUUAAAUUGUUGAAAUUCAUAUAUUUAUGUAUACUUCAAUAAUCAGUUUCUUUUAUGAUUUUUACACUGAAUACCCAAUGAUCUGACAUAUUGUCAGGUGAUUGAUGGAUUCUCCAAGCAGAAAAGGGCUUUCAUCUUCAUCAUAAGGAAAUACACUACAAUCAUAAUAAUGGAUAAUUUUUACUGCUGUUAAGUGUAUAUGCAAUUUUGGCCUCACUCAGAUUAGGAUCCAGUUUAAAAGUUUAGUUUAGCAAGAAUUUUCCAGUUAAACAGUAAAUCCUUCAGAACACAUUUUAUUUUUGAGUCACUCCCUAGUGAGUAAGGACUAAAUCCAUUUUCUUCCAUUUGGAAAAAAAAAUAUUUAGAAUUGUGUGAAAAUUUGUGCUGUCUUUUUGUGAUCUCUGCCAAAUUUUCUUUUGUGUUAGAAAGCUUUGAGCACUCAGUGUACAUGUAUGUAUUAAAAUGACCAAAAGGGGCUAAAAACCUGCAUUAUGACCCAAUGUCUUUUAUACCCAAUAAUGUUUGUUCACUUUAGAUUCAUAAUAAUCAAAUACACUCAAUGCUUUGAUUCACUUUUCCACAUGUACAGUAUCUAUAUGAAAAUUGUUUGUUUGUUGUUUUUUUUUGGAAAAGAAUUCAGAACUUUAAAACAUAAAUAUAUCUAUCAUGGUGCUGAGAUAUUUUGUGAGAACAAAAUUUUACUCUGGGCAUACUUAAUGUUUGUAAGGCUAUGAAUUACCUCAUUAGGAUAUGAAAUUAAAUGAAUGCAAAUAGAAGACUUUCAUAAGUGAUAAUACAUGUAUUGGAUAAUAUAUUCUUCAUAUAUAUGAUUGUAGAUACAUCAAUUGAUUGAAAGUACUAUAUCAUUGAUCAAGAAGUGAUUAUUUUUACUAUUUUUUGUAAAUAUGUGUAUUGUUAAUUUUAUGUCCAUGUACAGUUGUUGAUAGAUUUCCAUUUCAUGUCCAAGCAUUACAAUUAAUUAAUCUAGUAAAUGAUGUUAUUUUGAUGUCUGGCUUUUUGUGUUAAUUGGAAGUUUAAAGGGAAUAACAAGUCUUGAAUUAUUUGUAAUUGUAAUUAAAAAAAAAAUCAUUAUCUAGAUACCGGCACAUUGUAUUGAGCACAAUAGUUUUUUAUGAAAUGGCUUCUGAAAGCUGUUUUGAGAGAUGAGGUUGUUGCUGUACUAGCUUUAUACCAUCCUCAGAUUUUAUGAUUACUACAAGUAUAAAUAGUUUAUCAUGUCAGAACCUGGUUAUGCUUAUGGAAUGAAAUUUCUAAGGUAGGCCUGAGAAGAGUGAAGGAGAUAUAGUUAUUCUAGUGUUCAGCAUUGAAGAAAAAAAGGAAAAAUAUAUCUUUUGACAAAAAAGGGGAUUAUAACUUUAGCUUUACAUUGCCAAAGCAGUGUAUUCCCCUUGGACAUAGUUCAAUAUUUUUAGGAACAAACGUAUGCUUGAUAUAGGAAUGUAUUCUUUUCUCUGAUUAUAAGACAAAAUUUACUCUUCACUUAUUUUUGAGUAUGAUUUUUUUUCCAUUUAUAAAUGGAUUGAGAGGAUACACUUGAACUUUAAACUGCCCUCACCAUGUCAUGCAGCUGUUCUCAACGGCCAUGAUAAGGAUUUUCCUAUACCGCUCCAAUUUCACAGUUGUAUCGAUUUUAAGUCUGGUUAUCUGAAGGGGACUUUUUAAAGAUGCAUUUUUUCAUUCAUAAAUAUAUAUUUCAGGAAUAUGUAUUAGUGUUUUUAUAUAGAAAUUAAAAUUUUAACCUGUGGUUCCUUUUAUGCCUAUUGUACAAUUUACAAAAAUUGAUGCUAUUUUAUCACCUUAUUGACAAAGAUCACUUAAGGGUCUUUUGAUGAAAUCUGUGUCCUGAACUCUGUUUGGUCUUAAUGGACAAGAGUUUUACAUAUAUGUCUGUAAAAUACUUUUAAAGGUGAUUUUAGUCGAGAGCUCAAACGCAUGAUUACUAUGUAUAAUAAAAUACUUAUGGUACACA